AUGCGGGGAAAUCACUUGGGACCGAGUGAAGGGCUGGGCUUGGGAGAAGUAUUUAAUAAUGUAUCGAUGCCGCUUGGGAUCGACAACUUGUGUUCGUCACAGUCCAUUGCCAAUAUGAUGUUGUCUUUGUUGGCUCAGGUUCUUGCUGUUACGGGCGUUUAUGUGGCUUCUCCGGUACUUGCACCGAGAUGUGCUGCUGCUCCUGUGGUUACGGUCAAGAAUGGUUCGUAUGUUGGGGUUCAUAAUCCUACGUACAAUCAGGAUUUCUUUUUUGGUAUUCGUUAUGCUAAGGUUUGUUUGGUUCCCUUCUCGUCAGGUCCAAUUGCUGCUCAUCAAGUCCAAAUAAUUAACCGAAUAUUCAGCCCCCAAUUGAUGAUCUCCGUUUCCGUGUUCCUCAAAGUCUCAAUGAGACAUGGACAGAACCUCGUCCUGCAACUGAGCCUGUCCCCUUUUGCGUCGGCUACGGAGGCGACAAUGCCGGCAAGCGAAUGUCAGAAGAUUGUCUCUACCUCCAAGUCGUUCGGCCUUCUGGCAUUGACCCAUCCACGCCUCUUCCAGUAGCAGUCUGGACUCACGGCGGCGGUCUUGCUAUGGGUGGUCUCGAUGAUCAGAGAUACAAUGCUAGUUUCAUUGUGCAAAAUAGCGUGGAGAUGUGCACUCCUAUUAUGGUUGCUUCUCUCGCUUACCGUGUUUCGGCUUGGGGAUUCUUGAGCUCUGAGGUGACCCUCAAGGACGGGUCUACUAAUCUAGGGUUCAGAGAUCAGAGAUUGGCGUUGCAUUGGUUGCAGGAGAAUAUUGGUGCUUUUGGGGGUGCACCAGAGAAGGUUACUAUCUGGGGAGAGAGUGCGGGGGGUUCUAGUGUCGGGGCUCAUCUUUUGGCUUAUAAUGGUAAAUCCCAUCUUCCACCACACACCUUCAAUGAUAUCUAACAACCCCCCAGGACGAGACGACAAGCUCUUCAAAGGAGCAAUCGCUCAAUCCGGCGGUCCUGGAAUCCGCUUCGGCGUCAACGACGGCUCUCAAGCCUGGAAUACCUCCUCUCGAGAGAAAGCAUACAACAGCGUCGUCACAGCCACCGGCUGCACAUCCUCCCCCAACUCUCUCGAAUGCCUACGUGCUCUCCCCUUCGAGACGCUCAAUGCCGCCAUCAACACCACCGAGCAAGAAGGAGCCUCCUUCCAACCCAUGAUCGACCACGACUUCAUCGCCGCCUACGGCUCCACCCAACUCAACACCGGCAAAUUCGUCCACGCCCCCCUCCUCAUUGGCACCAACUCCGACGAAGGCUCCUCCUUCGCUCCCCGCACCCCGCCCUGUAACACCGAAGAGGAUUUCCUCGGCCUCCUCCAGACAUCAAACAUCUCCUCGGAAGCCGCACAAUCCAUCUCCAUCCUCUACCCCGACAUCCCCGCCAUCGGGAUCCCCUCCCUGAAAACCUUCCCCUACGACCCGAACUCGACGCUCUCCCAAACUUUAGGUAAGGCAUACAGACGAGUCCGCGCCUACUUUGGGGAUCUGAGCAUGACGCUCACGCGUCGCGCGGCGAAUCACGCUUGGUCGCUGCAAAAUGUCAACUCCUUCGCGUAUCGGUGGGAUGUCACGAUCCCUUCUACGGCGGCGGGCAAUGGCGCGGGACAUUUCCAGGAGGUGGCUUUUGUGUUUGAUAAUACCCUCGGUCUUGGGUAUGCUGUGAAUCCUUUUGAAGGGUUGGGGGAGGCGGGGAAGGGUCUUGCGAAGGAGAUGAGUAGGCGGUGGGUUGCUUUUGUUGUUGGUGGGAAACCGACGGUUGGUGCUGUGGGUGGGGGUAGUGGUGUAGAGUGGCCGGUUUAUGAUGUGUUGAAGGGGGGUGGGGUGGGUGAUGGGUUGCUUUUUGAUCUUGAGGGUGCCAAGGUGGAGGAAGACUCGAAUAGAGCGGAGGGGAUGAAGUGGAUGUGGGAUCAUGCGGAGGAGGUUUAUGGGCUUUGA